UCCUGUUGCGAAACUCGAGAGCAGUUUUCUUCGAAGUAGAUCAGUAGUAAAAAAAUUCCUUUCUGACUGGCUGCCUACGGACUGACACGGCGCAGAAUUGCAAGAGCGGUGGCCAAUUUGAGAUCGAUUGGGUUGAAUUCAGAUUUUGCAGUGUUCAGGUGAGCUGAGCUGAGCUGAGAUAAGCUCGGCUUGUGACGGGCACGAGGAAUUCGAGCGCGGCAGGAAGAAUUCGAAGGAGGCGCGCGCAAGCAUCAUAUCGAGCGCAGACAUGGCGACGAUGCCGAGCGGCGGAGCGAGUGGCAAAGACGAGCACAGGCCGAGCAUGCCAAUCUACGCGGUGUCCAUAAUGGAGGACUCGCAGUACGUGCCGGAGCCCACAGAUCUCCACGGCAACAAGUUCAGCCUGCCCGUGGACUCGGAGCACAAGGCGAGGACCAUCACCUUGUACUCGUUCGCGGCGCCGCACAUGCUCUCGUUCCACUUGUCGUGGAUUUCGUUCAUGAUCUGCUUCAUCUCGACCUUCGCUGCGCCACCGCUCAUGCCCGUCAUCCGCGACAGCCUCAACCUGACCAAGAGCGAGAUCGGCAACGCCAGCAUUGCGUCGGUCUCGGGGUCCAUAAUCUCGCGCCUGCUGAUGGGCACGAUCUGCGACCUCCUGGGGCCGCGCUAUGGUUGCGCCAUCCUCAUGAUGGUCACGGCGCCGGCAGUCUUCUGCAUGCCCCUGGUGUCGGACGCGACGGGCUUCAUCCUCGUGCGCUUCUUCAUCGGCUUCUGCCUGGCGACGUUCGUCUCGUGCCAGUUCUGGAUGAGCUCCAUGUUCAACAGCAAAAUCGUCGGCCUGGCCAAUGGGACGGCCGCCGGCUGGGGCAACCUCGGCGGCGGCAUGACGCAGCUGCUCAUGCCUCUCGUCUUCCACUUCAUCCACCGCGGCCUCGGCGCCGAAGACUACACCGCCUGGCGCCUCGCCUUCUUCGUCCCCGGCAUGAUGCAGCUCGCCAUGGGCUUCCUCGUCCUCAGCCUCGGCCAGGACCUCCCCGACGGCAACUACGCCGCCCUCAAGCGCGAGGGCGAGAAGGCCGAAGACAGCCUCGCCCAGGUGUGGGUGCACGCGCUUCUGAAUUACAGGAUGUACAUCGUGGCGCUGACGUACGGCUUCUGCUUUGGGGUGGAGCUGACGGUGGACAACAUCAUCGCCGAGUAUUUCUACGACAGGUUCGACCUGAACCUGUCGUCGGCGGGGAUCAUAGCUUCGACGUUCGGGCUCAUGAACAUCGUGUCGAGGCCGCUGGGAGGGAUCAUCUCGGACGCAGUGGCCAUCAGGUUCGGGAUGAGGGGCAGGCUGUGGUGCCUGUGGAUCAUCCAGACCAUCGGAGGGCUGCUGUGCAUAGCGCUCGGGCUCACGGGGCAGCUGGGCACCACCAUCUGCGCCAUGCUCAUCUUCUCCUUCUUCGUGCAGGCCGCGUGCGGCGCCACCUUCGGCAUCGUCCCCUUCGUCUCGCGCCGCUCGCUCGGGCUCGUCAACGGGGCCACGGGCGCCGGGGGCAAUCUUGGCGCCGUCGUCACGCAGGGCCUCUUCUUCAUGGACAAUGGGCACAGCACCGAGACCGGCAUCAUGCUCAUGGGCCUCAUGUCCGUCGUCUGCACUCUGCCACUCAUGCUCCUCCGCUUCCCGCAGUGGGGCAGCAUGUUCUCCCCGCCUACCGACGCCACCGAGGAGGAUUACUACGUGGGCGAGUGGAGCGAGGAAGAGCAGGCCAAUGGCCUCCAUCUGGCCAGCUUGAAAUUCGCCCAGAACGCUCAGUCCGAGCGAGGCAACUUCGGCGCUCCCCGUUCGUUUCGAUCCAACCACCAGUCCGCUUACAGUUGAUGAUGCUUAUGGCUCGAGCUGUCGACGGACCGUAAUGAAGGCAUGGACUUCGUUGAUCCGGAGUGGACGAUGAUGAGGAGGAGCAGGCGGAGGUGAGGUCUAGUGUAGGCACAAUUUUGUUGAGAAUGUAGGUCCGUUGGAACGUGGGCAGGACGAAGCAGCUGGCUUCGACGACUGCAAGCAGCAUGAACUUGUAGAUUUCCGUGUAGAAUUAUGUGACCGGUCGUUGGUGGGGGCAUUGUGUUAAAUAGCGGUAGGAGAUGGCACCCCUUGUAGAGAAUUAUUCAUUCGAUCGAUCGAUCGAUCGAUCGAUUAAAUUUUUAUUUAGCUUCCAAAAUCGGUUAGUCAAUUUACGUCUGCACGCAGGCGCACAAAUCGAAGCACCGCGGCGUAUGACGAACGGACUAGACUCAGAAGAAUUAGCUCGCUUUUGGCGAUAAUUUCAGAGGAUUUGAUCAUGAGCUCGCGUGCCUCCGAGACCUGAAACUUUCUGAGUCUCUGAUCAAAUGUGGCAACUCAUUUUUUGCUCGUCUGGAUGAAUGAGAGUCUCUUGUCACUCCGGCUGAGUUCCAUGAAUUGUUCACAUCGACUGGUGACCUUUAACCAGUGGCAACGCUCAUAUCAAACGAAUUUCCUGUUCUACAACGAUUCCCAACUUGUAGCUCCCUGUGAUAGAUAAACAUGUUAAAUAAAUUCUC